AUGCUGAAACCCACCAAAAUUCUACUUUUCCUUACUGUAUCAGUUUCCAUUGUUGAAAGUCUGUCAUGGUUAUCAUUGGGUCUGGCAUCCAGUCGAUUCGACAGAGACAAACCAGGAACAUCAUGUAAAUCCUUAAAAGGAUUGACUAGGAGACAGAUGAGGUUCUGCAAAAAGAACAUCGACUUAAUGGAGAGUGUUCGCACUGGAGCGUUGGCGGCUCAUGCAGAGUGUCAGUUUCAGUUUCAUAAGCGAAGGUGGAACUGCACUCUGAUUGAUCCGAUGACUCAUGAAGUGAUUCCCGAUGUUUUUCUUCACGAAAACACUCGAGAAUCAGCAUUUGUACAUGCAAUUUCGUCAGCUGCUGUUGCUUAUAAAGUGACCCGUGACUGUGCUAGAGGAGUUAGCGAACGGUGUGGCUGUGAUUAUUCAAAGAAUGACAAUUCAGGGAAGGGUGCUUACAUGUAUCAAGGAUGCUCUGAUAAUGUGAAAUUUGGAAUCGGAGUUUCCAAAGAAUUUGUGGAUUCUGCACAGAGAAGAGUUCUAGUGAUGAAAGAUGAUAAUGGAACGAGCUCAUUGGGCCCAAGUCAGCUAUCAGCUGAUGGGAUGCAUAUGAUUAAUUUGCAUAAUAAUCAGGCUGGAAGACAAGUUCUGGAAAAAUCUCUCAAAAGAGAAUGCAAGUGUCACGGAAUGAGCGGCUCUUGUGAAAUGAAAACUUGCUGGGAGUCUUUGCCGAACUUUAGAGAUAUCGGAAUGGCUAUCAAAGAUAAAUUUGAUGGGGCAGCGGAAGUGAAGGUUGUUAAGGAUCAAGGAGUAGAGAAGCCCAGAAUUGUAAUGAAGAAUUCGCAGUUCAAGCGUCACACUAAUGCAGAUCUGGUAUACAUGACACCAUCGCCAGACUUCUGUGAAGCAGAUCCAUUACGAGGAAUCAUGGGCACGAAAGGAAGACAGUGCACUCUGGCACCGAAUGCUAUCGACGAUUGUAGUUUGCUGUGCUGUGGUCGUGGUUACGAGAAGAAAGUGCAAAUUGUUGAGGAGAAGUGCAAUUGCAAAUUCAUCUACUGCUGUGAAGUCAAAUGUCAACCCUGCCAAAAACGCAUAGAAAAAUAUUUCUGUUUGUAA